UUCACUGCGCUUUGAAACGGUGUAGAACUGCAGGUGGACCUGAAGUCACGGAAUUGAGCAGUUACAACUAUCCUUGUUAGAUUGUUGACAAGCUGCAGGUCUUGACAUGUUCCGGAGAGCAGUGGGGAAGGCACUGGGUUUUGUUGGAUACACUAUUCAGUAUGGCUGCAUUGCUCACUGUGCAUUUGAGUACAUCGGAGAGCUUGUUGCGUGUUCUGGACCUUCUAUGGAGCCCACUAUCCAAAAUUAUGAUGUAGUGUUUUCAGAAAAGAUAAGCCGUCAUUUCUACAGAAUUGAAAAGGGAGAUAUUGUAAUUGCAAAAAGUCCAUUUGAUCCAAAGAUGAAUAUUUGUAAAAGAGUAAUUGGAUUAGAAGGAGACAAAGUCUGCACUAGCGGCCCAUCUGAUGUCUUUAAGACCCACACUUAUGUUCCAAAAGGGCAUGUGUGGCUAGAGGGAGACAACCACAGGAAUUCCACAGACUCGAGAAGCUAUGGGCCAGUUCCUUAUGCCCUGAUACGAGGGCGGGUUUGCCUAAAGUUAUGGCCCCCACAUAACUUUGGCACCCUAAAAGAAAGUCCAAAUGGGAGGAUUAUCCGAAGUGACUGAUUCAAAUGUUACAUCCACAAAUGUACAUGAUAGCAUUUCUGAAAGCAUUAGCACUGUACAUAAAAGCAUUUUAAUAAAUAUUUUUAACUAA